AUGUUUCAGGACAGCGUGACCACAGAUGUACUCUGCCAAUGCUUCCGGCAGUUCUGCUACCACGACGCCGAUGGGCCCCGAGAGGUUUGCAGCCAGCUCUAUGGACUUUGCAGCCAGUGGCUGAAGCCAAAGAGGCACACCAAGAAGCAGAUCCUGGACCUGGUGAUCCUGGAGCAGUUCCUGACUCUCCUGCCCCAGGAAAUGCAGUGCUGGGUCAAAGGAUGUGGGCCGGAGACCAGUUCCCAGGCGGUGGCCCUGGCCGAAGGCUUCCUCCUGAGCCAGGCGGAAGAGAAGAGGUGGGCAGAACAGAUGUUGGGACCAUCCCUGAAGAUAGAAGCCACAAUCCCUGAGGGAGAAGGAGACCUGCCUGAGGAAGAUCACAGAGUGCAGGCCAUCAUGGAGUGUGCCCAAGAUUCCCUCUCCCGUGAAAAGUCACUCCAGGACAGCAUAACCUCAGAUGUAGAUUGCCAGCACUUGCGGCUGUUCUGCUACCAUGAGGCCGAUGGGCCCCGAGAGGUUUGCAGCCAGCUCCAUGGACUUUGCAGCCAGUGGUUGAAGCCAGAGAGGCACACCAAGAAGCAGAUCCUGGACCUGGUGAUCCUGGAGCAGUUCCUGACUCUCCUGCCCCAGGAAAUGCAGUGCUGGGUCAGAGGAUGUGGGCCGGAGACCAGUUCCCAGGCGGUGGCCCUGGCCGAAGGUUUCCUCCUGAGUCAGGCAGAGGAGAAGAGGCAGGCAGAACAGAUGUUGGGGUCAUCGUUCAAGACAGUCCCUGAAGCAGGUGGAGCUCCUUCCGAGGAAGACCAGAGAGCGCACGUCAUGGAGCGUGUCCAAGAUUCCCUCUCCUGUGUAACAGGCAGUGAAGAGAUGCUCUUGAGCCGUCGUCUUUCCAGGUCUUUGCAAACGACUGCAGUCCAGGUAGGAGGGAUGAGCAGAGGACAUCCUGGGUCCCUCCUCUUUUCUCAGGGGGGCUUUCCUACAAGGUGUCUGGGCAAGAGAUCCUCUGAACCUCGUUCCCUUUACCCAUUCCACUUCCCAGACUACUCCCUUACGGAAUACAAUCACUGCCAGACAUGA